AUACCAGCGCACGCAGCGGGGGGCGCCGCCGUCGCGCUUUUCGCCUUCCAGCCACAGCACGACCCUUCGACGCUGGUGUCAGCCACCCCCUGCCCUCAUUCUCACUCCUUUACCCCAAACAAAAUAACCUGUUCAGUUACGAAAUUGCCCUCAGGCUGUGUCAUUUAUCUGCCAUAUAUUGUGAGCGCGGCGACUAUCAGUCUAUCUGAGGCGCCUGGAUAAGAUCAUGGACUGUGUCUGGUUACAUAACGGAUAUGAUAAUAACCUGCCUGUAAAAUUACAAUAUUUACCAGUGUGUUUUCUUCAUUUAAGCAUGUUUGGUGAAGUCACUGUGUCCGGCAUAACCUGAACAGGCCUUGCCCCAGGACGACGGAGCGAGCAACUGGUGGCCAUGGGUUCGGAGAGUAGCGCCCUGAAGAGCUGCACCCUGGAGGAGCCCCUUCUUACCCUCCCGUCGGGCCUCGCCAUGUACUCGGCGCUCCUCGAGGGUGGCAAGCCGGCCUCCGUGUUCGUUCACAAGCAGGGCAACGAAGACAAAGUGACCAAAGCGGCGAAGCACUUGAAGACGUUACGACAUCCAUGUUUGCUGCGCUUUCUCUCCUGCUCUGUGACGGACAGAGACGUUCAGCUGAUAACGGAGCGCGUGCAGCCCCUGGAGUUGCUGCUGGAGGGGCUCUCACCAGAGGAAAUCUGUGCAGGGAUCUACGACUUGCUGCAGGCCCUUAUCUUCUUGCAUGAUAUAGGUAAAUCAAGCCACAACAAUGUGUGCAUGUCAUCCAUUUUUGUUAGUGAAGACGGCCAUUGGAAGCUGGGUGGAAUGGAGACGGUCUGCAAAUUUUCAGAAGCGACUCCUGAGUUUCUCAGCAGUAUCCAAACUGUGCGAGAGUCAAGUGCUAUUCCUCCAGAGGAAAGGGUGGAAAAUUUACAGAUGCUGCCAGAUAAAUAUGGCCACUCCAGAGAUUCCUUCUCUUUUGGAGUAAUUGUGGAAACUUUAAUCCCGCGCCUGAAUGGAUAUGUAUCUCAGGAACUGUCAGAGAAUCUGAAAUGCACCCUCCACAGGAGUUUGCUGAACCCAGAUCCUCUCUCUCGGCCACCGCUCAGUACUCUGCUGACACAUGAGUUUUUUAGGAAUGACUUCCUUGAGGUGGUUAACUUUCUUAAGAGUCUGACACUGAAGACAGAGGAGGAGAAGAAUGAAUUCUUUAAGUUUCUCAUGGACCGGGUUCAGAACCUUCCUGAGGAGCUCAUUGCAGUCCGCCUCGUCCCAAAGCUCUUCAACACUCUGGUGUUUGCUGAACCCGCAGCCAUUAAAAGUUUCCUUCCUCAUCUCCUAAGGCCAAAGAAGGACUCACAAGGAAGCACUGAGGAUUGCCUCCUGUCAGUGCCCCUGUACCGUAAAUAUGUGAUCCCCCAGCUUCUGAAGCUCUUCAGAGUCAAUGAGGAGCAUGUCAGAAUGGUGCUGCUGUCCCAUAUUGGGAUCUAUGCUGAGCUUUUCUCUCAUGAUGAACUGAAAAAUCAGAUACUACCUCAGAUUUUACUAGGAAUGAGAGAUACUAAUGAUUCUCUAGUAGCGAUGACGCUCCACAGCUUAGCAAUUCUUGUUCCCUUACUGGGAGCUCAUGUUGUGGUGGGGGGAGAACGAACCAAGGUAUUUAAGCGGACAACGCCUAACUUCAGCAAGUCGACUGAGGUCACUCCAGAAAGCUCUCCUAUUCACGUCAGUUUGCAACCACAAAUCUCCCAGCCAUCAAAAAUCCUAAACAUUUUUCCCCAGUCCUCUGGAAAUAAAGACUUGGUUUUGGAAAAUAUUGAUAAAGUCAACUCAAGGGAGCAGUCUACAGAAUUUCAGGUGGCAACAAAAUCAGUUGUCCGAAUAGAUGUAGCUGCACCUCUGAAUGGAUUCUGUGAAGAAAGAGCACCUGCUUUUGCACAGGUAGUGAAGGCCUACAAACUGGACAGGCCCGAGGGACAUGGGCGUACAGCGGAGGAAUGGCCGGAAUGGAGUGAUGCUGAUGAGGACAGCCCUGGGAAGGUUUGUAUCCAGCUGAUCAAAAACCAGGACAGGAUACCAGUUCACACUACACCUACGCCUCAGAAGGAACAGGAACCUUGGGAUGAAAUUGAAGACUCUGAAGUGACAUCAGAUCAGUCCCCCAGAUUGGAGUGGGAUUGGACAGUUCCAUUUCAGGAAAAGACUGGGUCAAGAAAUAUGUCUGAACCAGCAAAGGGGUCCAAAGCCCUAAAGCUGAGCACUGCUUCGAGAACCGCCAUCUCCCGAGACAGUGGAUGGAAUGAGGCAAGAGAUGUGAAACCAAAGAAGAUGGAAUCCUCAAAGCCACACCCACUGCAAAAGGUUAUCAGAGCAGGUGGACUGGGAGAGGAAUUCACGAUUGAGGUGAAAAAGAAGCCUGAGAAAGAUCCUGAACUGGACUUCUUUGCAGACAUGGUUCCAGAUAUUAAACCAUCUUCAGCACCUGUCGUGUUUCCUCCUAAACACACACCUCUCUCAGAUUCAUCAGUAGAUACAUUCACAUUAACUACAAAAUUUGCUGCUGCAGAUGUGACUGAGGCUGAAGUUGCAGGCUGGGGUGAUGUCGAUGACCUUGACUGGGAAGAUGAAAAUGCUUGGUGACAAGCUGUAAGUUGACAUAGCCAUGCAGGAGAGGAACAUGACACUCUCCAUGUCGAACUGCUUAGAGAAUCCUCCUACAGAGCCAAACAUUGCAAAGGAAGCUGGCUUCAUCUUUAGUUUCAAUUUGAUAAAAUACUGAAACAAAAUUAAUGAGAUCAUUACUUGAAAUGCAUAAUGUUACAUUAAUAUCAGUAAUUCUUAACUGGGAUUGUGUGCCACCUUUUUUAAACUUUGUCAUUGUGAAGGUGUGAACUUACAGAAUGUUUAAGCUGUUUACGGACCCUUCCUUUGCCAAAUUGAGAAAACUAGGUGAAGUGUGAUGGGAUGAAUGCCCUUGUUGGAUGUGAUACUUAAUACAUAGGUGCCAUGGAUUUAAUUUUGCUUCAUCACAAGAACAAGCCUUAUGGGGACUGUGAUUUGGGGGGCAUAAUCUAUCUGUAAUUAUAACUUCUGCUAGAAUAAAUGGUUAAAAAGGACCACCUGCCAGUGUUUAUAGAUGAGCAUUAUAAGAAACAUAAGCAGAGGCAUAUUAUUGAUAGUGUAAUUUCUCCAACUUUUUAAAAUGUAGAAAAUUCAAAGCAAGCUUAUAGCUGAGGAAGUUUUAUUUUCCUUUUGUUCCAGAUGAUUUACUUGUCAAAAAAAGAGUUAAGUAUUAAAAUAAUCACAGAGCCUUAAGA